GUCGUGACACACCCGGAAGCGCCUGAUCCGCAGCUGCCGCAAGCAGCGGCUAACAGCUAACACUUGCAGCUCCGAGCAGAGAGACGGAGACAGACAGACAGACGGAGACAGGCGGACAGACAGAGAGACAGACAGGUGAGCACCUGGACGUGUCGCUCACCUGGAGAAGGUUUCUUUGUCUGUGGAUGGAAGUGUGGAGCUCCGCCAUGGGACCGGAGAGAGUCUUACCGAGCUCUGAGGACGAGCUGGGAGAAAAUGAACGUACAGCUGAUGGAACGCUACCACUUCCGUCGCCGGGAGCCGUGUGGAGUGGGGGCCAGGGAGGGGGUGAGGAGGAGGAGGGGGAAGAGUUGGAGUUGGAUGGCGAGGGGGAGACAGAGGGAGGUUAUUAUUACCAACCUCUGAACCAGGAUCCUGAGAGCGUGCACGCCACAGAGGACGAGGAGCCUUCAACUGCUGAGCAGCUGCAGCAGAGAAUCGAGGUGAUGGGCCUCCACCUUCCUGAAGCUCCGCCCCCUGAAAGUGAUGAGGAGGAUGACCCGGAGGGGGCGGCGGCUUUGAGGAGCCGAGCCUCCAUCCCCAUGGAUGAAGACCACGUGGAGCUGGUGAAGAGGACGAUGGCAGCGGUGGCAUUGCCGUCACUCGCCGUGCCGGCGUGGGCCCAGGAAAUCUCCGACGACCAGUGGUUGGACAUGGUCCAACACACACUGCAGAGCCGGCAGAACGCCGGCGCCCUGCGCCUCAGCCACCAUGACAACUUCAACGGGCCCUGAAAGCACCGCAACCAUUACUGGGAUGCUGAAGUUACUGCAUGAACGUCACAAUAAAACUUUAUUGUCGUCAUACUUAGUGACGAACAUGGGGGAGGGGCUGGGGUUACACUACACCAAUUUUAUCAUUAAGUAAUUGAUCAAUUGAUUGAAUUGAAUUCUUCAGAUGAAAUUCUUGCAUCAGCUGAGAAUCAAACUGAUGAGUUGAUUGAUCAGAGACGAGGACCAAUAAUGUAAACGUAUUGAACAGGAAGUUUCCACUGUCAUGUUUUCAGAAUAAAUGUUAUUAACUGAUUAAUAAAAUCAAUGACUUUAUAGAUUUCAAACAAUAAACACUGAGGAAAUCAUCUGCUAUAUAUCAGCUGAUCAAACCUCGUGUUUUUUUGUGACAGAACGUUUCGGACAGGAAAUGCUGUGAUGUCACUGGUUGUCCUGACAAUAGUUGCAAACGUUUUUUCGUUUUGGAAAAAGUCAAACAUUUUUCAUUAUUUUGUGUUUAUAAAUCAAAUUAUUGAUCCAUUAAUUAAAUGUUCGAUUUUUAGGGUAAAA